AUGGCGCCCGCCGACGAAAAUGCUGCCGGCAGCCACAAAAUUGCCGGCCGCAACGACAACAAAAAGGCUGCGAUGACCGCGGAGUUCCAGCUGAAGAAGUACCUGCUGCUGCUGGCCACCCUGGUGGCGACGGUGACCUACGUGGCGGGGCUCAACCUGCCGGGGGGUUCCUGGACGGAGGACGCUCCCGGCGGGCAGGUGGCCGGCGAGUCAAUUCUCCGGGAGACCUACUACUACCGCUACAUCGUCUUCUACUACUGCAACGCCGUCUCCUUCGCCGCGUCGCUCGUGGUCAGCCUCCUCCUCCUCGUGCUGCAGGAGGAGGGCGGCCCCUGGCACGGCUCGCUCCGGGUGAUCAUGGUGAUCGACCUGUUCGGCCUGAUGGGGGCCUACGCCGCUGGGAGCAGCCGCGACAAAUUCACCACCGUCUGCGCCGCCGUGAUGGUGGCUGGCCUCACCGCCUACGUCACUGUCGCCUUCCUCUGCUACGUCGUCUUCCUCUUCUGCUACAAAAAAGAAGAGAGUCAACAUCAAGCGACGGCCAACAAAAACGAAGAGAGUCAAGAAAAAGAGAAGGCGCGCCUGGCCGCCUACAAAAAAGAUCAAGUCGCAGAGCACGAGAUCCUGCUGGUGCUCGCCAUCUUCGUGACGACCGUCGCAUACGUGGCCGGGAUGAACCCACCUGGAGGCUUCUGGCGGAGCACCGAAGAGGGCCACCACACCGGCGGCGAUCCGAUUCUGCAGGGAGGCCACUCCGGCCGCUACAAGUCCUUCUUCUUCUUCAACACCACCGCCUUUGUCGCGUCCCUACUCGCCAUCAUGCUCAUCCUCGACUACAAGAAGCUCAACAUCACCAUCUGGGGCAAAUUUGACACAGGGCGCAGCGGGCUCUAUCUAUCCCUCGUCAUGGCGAUCGUCGGCCUUGGGGGCGCCUACGCCGCUGGGAGCUGCAGGGACCCUGAGAGCACCGCCUAUGUUGUGUCCUUAGGGGCAGCUGUUCUGGUCUACCUGACUCUUACAAAAGCCUUCUCUAAUUCUAGACCACGAGGCAACAAGGGAAAGAAUGACGGAAAAGAAGAACUCAACAAGGCAAAGAAUGACGGAAAAGAAGAAAUCAACAAUGCAAAGAACGACGGAAAAGAAGAAGCCGACAAGGCAAAGAAUGGCGGAGAAGAAGAGGCAGAGAAUGUCAGAAAAGAACAAGUCAACAAGGCUCGCGAGUUUAUUCAGUUGCUUGCUGUACUUGCGUCGACCAUCACUUAUCAAGCUGGACUUGAUCCACCAGGAGGCCUCUGGCUGGAGAGUGGGGAAGGACAUACCGUUGGAGACUCGAUACUCCUCACCACACACCCAAUACGGUACAAGGCCUUCUUCUAUUCCAACUCGGUGGCCUUCGUGGCGUCCUUGGUCAUCAUCGUCAUGCUGCAGAGCGAGGCGCUAAUUAGGCACCACAUACUGGAGGCUGCCAUGAUACUAGACCUGUUCAGCCUCAUGGGCGCAUACGCCGCGGGGAGCUGCCGAGACACGAGCACCUCCGUCUACAUCGUGGCCAUUGCCGGCGCCGUCCUGAUCUACGUGGUGAUCCACAUCGUCUUCUUCACGCUCGACCAUAGAGAUAUGAAGGACGAUGUGUUGGACAAGUACCGUGAGGUGUUGCUACUCCUGGCGAUCUUGGCCGCGAGCAUCACCUACCAAGCCGGGCUGACCCCGCCGGGCGGCUUCUGGGAGAUGGAUGACGAGCAGCAUGGGCACCACGCCGGCUUCUCGGUCCUCCAGGACAAGUACCACCGCCGUUACAAGGCCUUCUUCUACUGCAACGCGGCGAGCUUCAUGGCAUCCGUGGCUCUCAUCAUCCUCCUCGUGAAUCCCACCCUGUACAGGCCGGGCAUACGGUGCUACGCCCUCUUCGUGUGCAUGGUGGGGGGCAUGUUCGGCCUCAUGGGUGCCUACGCUGCGGGGAGCUCCCUGCACCUCCGAGCCUCCAUCAUCGUCUUGGUAUUGGUUGCUAUGGUGUUUGGUUUUGUAGUCUUUCUGGCACUGAGAGACUCCUACAACCGGAAGCAAAAGCAACCUGAACAAGGAGUUCAUGUGGCCGACGAUGCGGCCAAGGACAAGCAACCUGCACAAGGAGUGCAAGGAGAUCCUGCGGCCGGCGAUGUGGCCAAGGACCAAAAGAAACCUGCACCUGUGGCUGACAACAAGGCCAUAUACCUGAUGCUGAUAGGGAUACUGGCUGCCAGUGUGACCUACCUGACCGGACUGAAACCGCCCGGCGGCCUGUGGAGGGACGACGACCAUGGGCAUUCCGCUGGCAGCCCGAUCCUGUACGACAUGGACAGGCGGCGGUACAUGGUCUUCUUCUACAGCAACUCCACCUCGUUCAUGGCUUCCAUCAUCGUCAUCGUCGUCCUGCUGAGGCGGCUUCUGCAGAACAACAAAGGUCCGAUUCAUAUUUCAUUGGACACGGUGAUGGUACUGGACAUGCUCGCCCUCCUGGUAGCCUACGCCUCAGGCAGUGCACGGAAGUGGGGCACAUCUAGGAACGUCAUCCUGCUGCUCCUCCCCAUAGUGAUCUUCCUAGGGCUUCUAUUCCGCUGCAAGAAUAACGACCGUGACAAGCGAGGAGCCACUAAAACUCCGAACCCUGAUGAUCACCGCUCCACUCUCGCUACACCACACUGAUCACCUGAAUUUAAUCAUUUGCUUCCAGUUUCAAUUGAUGUACCACGUACAAGCCCCGUGUAUCGCGUUCUCUCUCCCAAAAUGUAUUCUCUGCUUUCUACAAAUGUAUUGUAUAUUUCUGUAUGAAGGAUCUUCAUACUAGUAUGUUCCUAAAUAAAAUAAUUGAGAGGCAAAAGAACCAUUAUAUCUAUUUUCAA